UUCAGUGAGCUGUGCUCGAUCUUCAUCACAUCAUGGGGUGGACUCUUGCCGUGGCUGCUGCCGUCGUAGUGGCCUUACUGGUGUGCUGCUCCUGUGAGGUCCGAGGUAAGGAGGACGACGAUGUGCUGGACUCCCUCGUCGAUUUCCUGACCAAGCUCGCCGGUGGCGACGAGAAGACGGCGGGCGACCUCGGCUGGGACGCGUCGACCGACCCCUGCGACGGCACCGGCGGCCGCAACGGCAGCGACUCGAAGUGGGGAGGGACCGUCAAGUGCUUCGAGAACGGCGCGAGCAACGCCGGCCUGAUCAAGGUUAUCGACCUGCAAUCCCUAGGCCUCAGCGGCACCAUCGACGCGGAGUUGCUGUGCGCCGCGCCGGCGCUCCGCGUGGUGAGCCUGCAGAACAACAAGCUGCGCGGCGGCCUCCCCGCGGGCUUCUCGGCCUGCUCGGGCCUCACCCACCUCUACGUCGACCGCAACCAGCUCUCCGGCGCCCUGCCGAGCUCCCUCGGCAACCUCAGGAAGCUCCACGUGCUCGACGUCUCCAGGAACGACUUCUCCGGCGAGAUCCCCGCCGGCCUCAGCGACGUCCGCGGCCUCAUAAGGUUCAACGCGAACGAAAACCACUUCCAAGGCACCAUUCCUGAUUUCGACCUCGACAAGUUCGAGACCUUCAACGUCUCCAACAACAACCUCACCGGACCUAUCCCGAAGAACACCGGACGCUUCCGCGACGACAGCUUCGCGGCCAACGCCGCCGGCAUGUGCGGAGAGCCCAUGUUCUCCCCGUGUCCCUCCGGGUCCGGGGAGAGCAAAUCAAAGAAGACGCGAAGGAUCCUCAUGUACCUCGGGUACGUCCUCCUCGGCGCCGUCAUCGUGGCAUUCGUCGUGUACAAGCUUUGCUCCAGGAAGAGGAACAAGCUGGGCAAGAAGGCCAUGGUCGGCAAGGACACGUUCGACAGCAGCAACCCGACGACGACGACGACAAGCAAGUCGGCGUCGGCCUACUCGCUGCCGGCUUCGGCGGAGCGGAGCCCAGCGCGCAAAGGCGCGGCGUCGACGUCGCUGGUGGUGCUGCGGCGAUCGGGCACGGCCUCGGUCACAUCGACAGCUGCCGCCGCCGCGGCCAAGGACCUGCGGUUCGAGGACCUCCUCAAGUCUCCCGCGGAGCUGCUGGGGCGCGGGCGGUACGGGAGCUCGUACAAGGUGGCGGUGCCCGGCGGGGCGGCGCUGGCGGUGAAGCGGGUGAAGGACGCGUCGGUGAGCGACGACGAGUUCCGGCGGCGGAUGGAGCGGGUCGCGCGGGCGAGGCACCCGGCCGUCCUGCCGCCGCUGGCCUUUUACUGCGCCGCGCAGGAGAAGCUGGUGGUCUACGAGUUCCAGAGCAACGGCAGCCUCCACAAGCUACUCCACGGUAUGCCGCUUUCGUCGCUCCUCUCCUUACAAUAG